CGGGGGGAACGGGGCAGCGAGCGGGGCCGGGCGCCCGCGGGUCGCGAAUUGCUGGAUGAAGGCUGACUCCAGGACACUGAGCUCGAUGUCAGAUGAAAGCUGGAUUUCCGUGUGAGUGGCUCGCACAGCAUCCAUCCACAAGUGCCCUUCCCCUUCGUGACUCCUGAGGUGCUGAGGUCAUCCUUUAGCCAUGGCAUUUAGAAGAACCGAGGGAAUGUCCAUCAUCCAGGCCUUGGCAAUGACUGUGGCGGAGAUCCCCGUGUUUGUGUACACAACGUUUGGACAGUCUGUCUUCUCUCAGCUGCGGCUCUCUCCAGGCCUACGUAAGGUACUGUUUGCUACAGCUCUUGGGACAGUUGCGUUGGCUCUUGCAGCUCAUCAGCUGAAGCGACGUCGUCGCCGAAAGAAGCAGAUUGCUCCAGAGAAGUGUGGCUUUAAGCCUGGAGGCGUCACAGUGCCCAUUCUGCCAACCAGAAGGGUCUCUUCUGUGAAGAAAGGAUACUCCAGCAAGAGAGUCCAGAGUCCCAGCAGCAAAAGCAACGACACGCUCAGCGGGAUCUCCUCCAUCGAGCCCAGCAAACAUUCCAGUUCCUCCCACAGCCUUGCCUCGAUGGUAGCUGUGAAUUCUUCGAGUCCAACACCAGCAUCGGCUGGGAUGUGGGAGGCCCAGGCCAUGGGGGAUGGUGGAGCCAUCGGCGAUUCCAGUGCAGAAAGCCUCUAUGUUCAAGGUAUGGAGUUGUUUGAGGAGGCCCUGCAGAAGUGGGAACAGGCACUGACCAUCAGGCAGCGGGACAGUGCUAGUUCCAGCACUCCUGUGCCCUGGGACAGCAAGAAACACCAAGAGAACUUGUCUGAGAAUGCCUCAGAGGAGGAGUCUCAGAAAAGAGAGUUUGCUGAGAAGUUGGAGUCCCUCUUGCACCGAGCCUACCACCUCCAGGAGGAGUUUGGGUCUUCGCUUCCAUCAGACAGCAUGCUGCUGGAUCUGGAGAAGACUUUAAUGCUUCCGCUGACGGAUGGGUCAUUACGGCUUCGGACAGAUGAUGAAGACAGCUCAAUUUCUGAGGACUCCUUCUUCUCUGCAGCAGAGCUCUUUGACUCUCUUCACUUUGAGGAAAUACCAUUCCAUCUAUCAAAGCCAGUAGCAGCAUAUGAAGAAGCCCUGCAGCUAGUGAAAGAAGGGAAGGUUGCAUGCCGGACAUUGAGGACAGAGCUUCUUGGCUGCUAUAGUGACCAGGAUUUCCUUGCAAAGCUGCACUGUGUCAGACAGGCCUUCAAGGAGCUGCUGGAGGAUGAAAGCAAUCAACUGUUUUUUGGAGAGGUUGGGAAGCAAAUGGUGAUAGGAUUGAUGACAAAAGCUGAAAAGAAUCCCAAAGCUUUUCUGGAAAGCUACGAGGAGAUGCUGCAUUAUGCACUGAAGCCAGAAACCUGGCCGACCACACAGCAGGAGCUGGAGGGAAGAGGGGUGGUGUGCAUGAGUUUCUUUGAUAUUGUGCUGGAUUUUAUCCUCAUGGAUGCUUUUGAGGAUUUGGAGAAUCCACCUUCCUCUGUGCUGGCUGUGCUGCGCAACCGUUGGCUGUCCGACAGCUUCAAGGAGACGGCCCUAGCAACUGCCUGCUGGUCUGUUCUGAAAGCAAAAAGGAGGCUUCUAAUGGUACCAGAUGGCUUUAUCUCUCACUUCUACUCCGUAUCGGAGCAUGUCAGUCCUGUUCUAGCCUUUGGUUUUCUGGGGCCCAAGCAGCAGCUUGCUGAAGUCUGCAGUUUCUUCAAGCACCAGAUAGUACAAUAUCUGAAGGACAUGUUUGAUCUGGACAAUGUGAGAUACACAACAGUGCAGCUGCUGGCAGAAGACAUCUUGCAGCUGUCACGGAGGCGCAGUGAGAUCCUCUUGGGAUAUCUGGGCACAGAGAGCUCCCCUGAGAUGAAUGGCACACUUCCCAUUGAAAACGAGCCUCUGAAGGAGCUCAUCUGAUGGCAAUCAGAGGAGGAAAACAGUUUUGUACAAGGACUUUUUGCCUCACAGAAUUGGAUUAAACUACCUGCAAUGGUCAGUGGUGGCCACAAGACUAUCUCAACACACAGCAGCCUGGUGGGACCUUCUGCUUUUUGUAGCCAGUACUGUUUGCUGGAUGGAUCCAGGACCACUUGCCAGCUUAUGGUUUGAAUUUUGUCUUUGUUCCACCCUUCCAUACCUUUUAUUAUUUUUAAUGUGUCAGAUAAAUCAUGAACUGAAUUGGCUGAGACUUUUGCCAGUUCUCUUGAGUAGGGCAACCCAUGUACCUAUUUGGCCUAUGUGUUAUCUGGCAGAUGGUUCCUCAGAUGUUUAUGGUUGUGUUGGAGGAGCAGGAACAUCACUGGUAAAUUUUCCACUUGACCCUUGGCUUCUCACACAGGUUUAUGUUGCUUUGGGAUUUUUAUUACUGUUAUUUUUCUGCUGUGUUUCUACAGAUAUUACUGCUGAUUUGACUUCACAUAUUUUAACACAUGCAACAUGACUAGCAAUUUUUAUUUUUUUUCCCCAGGGAGGAAGUAGUAGUUCUGUAAAGCACUGAAGUGAAACACGGACUUUUGUAACCGAUCUGUAACUCUGAGGAAGCUGGUCUGUUCCCUCCACAUUGCUGUUCUUUGCAGGCCAGAUGACGUGCUGUGCUGUGGUCAUCUUUCCUUAGGAGACUGCUGAGGUCUGUUUGCCCUAAAGGCAAGUUAUUGUGUGGACGGGGUGGAUCUGCAUCCUGCCUGUGGACACACAAAGUCUUUCACAUCCAUCAAAGUGCCUUGCUGUAUUUCAGAAUUAGCCAGCAGCAGUUCUUGCUAAGUAAGAGGAAUGCAGAGUGAAGUACACAAGCAAAGGGAACUGGUGUAGCAUGGUGCCUGUUCCUAUUACACACAAGGCCAGAAGACAGAUGGAUGUUGGAUGUAUAUACAGGAGAGAUUGUGCAGGUACUUGAACUGGGAUCAAGCUGCUAGAGAGGAAACUUUUUAUUUUUUUUUUUAAUACUUUGUUUAUCCUAAGAAACACAAUGUAUAGUUUGGUGAUGUAGUAAAUGCAGGCCUAUAUAGAGCUGAGAUGGGCUCUUCUCGUGUGAUGUGAUACUGACUGCACAGCUGGCACCUGAAGCCUGCCUGGAUCAUUCUCUGAAUAGGAGAUUAGGUUAGGAUAGCAGCAUUUGAGUGUGCUAGACUUGAGAAAUUCAUGGGGUUUUGCAAGGUUUGCAAUGAUGUACUGAGUCCUCUGUGACUGUAAUGCUGCAGAUGAAGGCUGAAGGUGCAGCCUGUCCUUCCUCCUGUUUUUGUCCACUGAGGGUCUCAGAGCCCAGGCUCAGAGCGAGGAGGUAUUCAGGGAGAAGAAAAUGGGGACUUGGACAAAAACACGAGUAUUGCUGUUGUUUCACCCCCCCA